GUGCAAAAGACCCACGGCUGGAUUGGCUUGCGUAGCUGUCAGUUUAUGAAAUGAACUAGAGGGUGGGGUAACAGCCAGGAAAAAUGGCUUCGCUGUCGGUGAGCGAAUCGCAGGAGAUGGAAGUCGACAGGAAGGGAGAAUCCGAGGACUCCGGAGAUGAGGAGGCCAAGAGGAAGAGCCUGAAUGGGGAGGUGGACCCCCAGGAACCGCCUCCUACAGUAAAAGAGGAGGUGCCGGUUGACAUGGACACCAUAACCCUUGACCCCGAGGAAGAGGACGUGGAUUUGGUUCACUGCAGGAUUGGGAAGAUUGAGGGGCUGGAGGUACUGCUGAAGGCCAAGACUCUCUCUCUGCGGCAGAACCUCAUCAAGAAGAUUGAGAACCUGGAGACCCUCACGUCAUUACGGGAAUUGGAUCUCUAUGACAAUCAGAUCCGCCGGCUGGAGAACCUGCAGAACCUAACUGAGCUGGAGGUGCUGGACGUGUCCUUUAACCUCCUGCGGAAGGCUGAGGGCCUGGAGAGACUGACCAGGCUGAAGAAGCUCUUCCUCCUCCACAACAAGAUCAGCUCCAUCGACAACCUGGGUCACCUGACCGGCCUGGAGAUGCUGGAGCUGGGAUCGAACCGCAUCCGGGUGAUGGAGAACCUGGACUCCCUCUCUUCCCUGGACAGCCUGUUUCUGGGCACCAACAAGAUCACCCAGCUCCAGAACCUGGAAGGCCUGCAUAACCUGACCGUGCUCAGCAUCCAGAGUAACCGCAUCACCAAGGUGGAGGGCCUGCAGAAUCUGGUGAACCUUCGCGAGCUCUAUCUGAGCCACAACGGCAUCGAAGUCAUCGAGGGUCUGGAAAACAAUAAAAAGCUGACGACUCUGGACAUCGCGGCCAAUCGGGUGAAGAAAAUCGAGAACAUCAGCCACCUGACGGAACUGCAGGAAUUCUGGAUGAAUGACAAUCAGAUUGAGAACUGGGGCGACCUGGAUGAGCUGAAGAACGCUCGGGGCCUGGAGACGGUGUACCUGGAGAGGAACCCCCUGCAGAAGGACCCCCAGUACAGACGCAAGAUCAUGCUGGCUCUGCCCACGGUGCGACAGAUCGAUGCCACCUUCAUCCGCUUCUGACCCCUGACCCCUGACCCCUGACCCCACGUCCUUCCGCAAACACUUCAACCCCCAGCCCCACACACACACACACAUACAUACACACACCCCAGAAUCGAUCACAUCAUGUUCUCUCUUCUAUAAACAUGCACACACACACACACACACACACACACACACACACACACACACUGGCUUCGUGCUCCUGUGUAUGGAAGUCGCUUAUUUAUUCAUAGCUAUGUCGUGGGUGAAAUGGCCUCUGAAAGGAUAGGGGUGGGCGGUUAGGCCCCUUUUUCCACUCGUUCAACUUCCUUCCGACCCUUCGCAUGUGGGUUUUUGUGUGCCCCUCUCUUACGCCCUCCACCCCACCCCACCCCACCCCAUCCCACCUGAGAGAGCUGCUUACAUGGUUCAGUUUCACACGUGCAGAAUCCUGCUGACCGCACCCCAUACUACAGCAAUGCAUGCUGGGAUGGUUUUAAAGUGGCAAACAAAAUGGGCCCUUCCUCCCCUCCCCUGCUCUCCUCUACUUGACGUGCACAUAUACACACACACACACACACUCACAUUGUUGCUGUCCUGUGUCAGUGCGAAGGGAAUCUACAGCCCAAGAAAAUUGAGGGUGGACUUCUGUUUAGACUGCGAACACAGUGCAUUGUUUUGUUUUUUUUGUCACUGAUUUCUUUUGCACUCCGAGGGAUAGCCUCCUGUUGACCGGUUGUAUCAUGUCAGUAUUUGUCCACCUGCCCUAGAGUACUCGCCUUUGCCCAGGUAAAACCUCCGAAAGCUACAGGAUCUUUUCUUUUUUUUAAAGAAUAAACACACAAAAAAUGAUUAGUUUGGUUUUCCCCACUGGUGUGGUCUCAGCAGAUGGGCACUGUCUUUCUGUGGUUGUGUUUUCAAUGGGCAGACCCAUCCGUCUCCUUUCACGCUGGCUUGUUGAGAGCACCCUUUAUUUGGG